AUGGAGGCUAGUGCGAAGCGAAAUAGAGUUUGUUUGACCGUUGAGAAGAAGGUUGAAAUUCUCAACUAUGCGGAGAAAAAUCCUCGAGCGACGCAAGGCGAUAUUGGACGGCACUUUGGAAUCGGGCAGUCGUCCGUCUCUACCAUCCUGAAGAACAAGUCGUCGAUCAUGGACGUGGCAUCGUCCAGUUUGAAAGGAGUCCGUAAAAAUCGGUCUAGCAACUGCGUCCUGUUAGAGAAAGGCCUGGAGAGUUUUCACGAAGCGUGCCUUUCAAAGAAACUCACAACGAUAACGUAUGACAUGCUGAUUGUGAAGGGCCAUCAGAUAGCUGAUGAACUUGUAGCGAAGGAUCUGGUUGAACGGAAAGAUCUGCCAUUGACGGACAUAGCGUGGAGAUCAUUUGUGCAGCGCUUCCUCGCCAAGAGGAAAAUAAAGUCACGUAAGACUCAUGGCGAAGCUGCUGAUGCUGACGUCGCUGCCGCUGCAGCUUUCAUGGAGGACACCUGGCCAGAGGUGUUUGCCAGCGUCGAUGGUGAUCCGACGCGCGUUUGGAAUAUGGAUGAGACUGGUCUUUUCUGGAGAGCUCUGCCGCAGAGAACGUUGGCUUGCGUCAAUGAACGGCUAUCAGGCAGCAAGACGCAGAAAGACCGAAUCACCUUUGCCACCACUGUCUCCAUGUCUGGAGAAAGACUGCCUCUUCUGGCGAUUGGCAAUUCGAAGCUUCCCCGUGCUGUUGCUGCGGUAAAAAGCACUCCAGCUGCUGUCAUUGGAGGACAGUGGUGCUCCAAUCCGAAGGCCUGGAUGAACGAGCAGAUAUUUUCGGAGUGGCUGCUGGACACCAACAGAACAUUCCGCAGGAAGGGUAAAAAGAUUGUUCUGCUGGUGGACAACUGCCCUGGGCACAAGUUUGAUGGCGUGGCUGAUCGUCUGGACUAUGUCCGCGUUGUAUUCCUGCCACCAAACACGACGUCCGUGAUUCAACCCUGUGAUGCCGGAAUCAUCCAAUCAUUCAAGUGCACGUACCGCCGCCUCAUGUUGCGCAAGGUGGUUCAGUUUGUAGAUGACCCUACGAUGGCGAAGCUGGACACUGCAGUGCUCAAGAAGAACGUGAACAUUCUUCACUGCCUGCAGUACGCAAAGUCUUCAUGGGACUCUGUCUCGGAGGCGACCAUCCAGAAUUGCUGGAGGAAGGCUGGGUUUGUGAUGGGUCCCACUGUGGCUGAUGAUGUGCCUGUUGACGAAGACGACACUCUUCAGACCGACAUCACAGAGCUGGAGAGACUGGAUUCAACUGAGCCAUGCCGGGUUGCUCCAAGUGACGAUGUCUGCGAAAUUGUCCAGGCACUGCAGGAUGAAACUGCAGACUCUGACAGAGAUGACGAAGAUGAAGUGGCCGAGGAAUUGCCUUCACCUCCGUCUGCUGCCGAGUUAUUGCAGGCUGUAAGCACCGUUCGUCUGGCGCUGUACGCUAGCAAUGCCGACUCCAGCAUGCACGCCAGCUUCUCCAGAGUGGAGAACUUCCUGUCCGCCAAGGCAUCAUCCAGGAAGCAGCAGACCAGAAUUGACGAGUUGUGGCGGCACUAG